AUGGAUUGGCCAAGAGCCACCACACCAAUCAUCAUCAUCAUCAAUUCAUCGUCAUCUUCCGAAACGGCAGCGUUCCAUUUUGGCCUAGCGAAGAAAGAAACGACACCGUUUCCUUGUCCUCGUUGUCAUAUGGCGAGGAUUUCUUGUGACUUGAGAUUUCUUCUCAUACCGGCAGCUUUCAUGUUCAUCUAUGUCCAGAUGAGGCUUUUCCAGACGCAGUCACAGUAUGCAGAUCGCCUAGGUUCCGCUAUCGAAUCAGAAAACCACUGCACUAGUCAAAUGCGAACACUCAUAGAUGAAGUCAGCAUUAAACAGUCACGGAUUCUCGCUCUCCAAGAUCUCAAGAACCGCCAGGACCAACAACUUGUCCAGCUUAAGGAUCUUAUCCAGUCGUUCGAAAGAAAAGGAAUUGCAAAACUCACUCAAGGUGGACAGAUGCCUCUUGCUGCUGUCGUGAUUAUGGCGUGCAGUCGUGCAGACUAUCUUGAAAGGACUGUAAAAUCAGUUUUAAAAUAUCAAAGUCCCGUUGCUUCCAAAUAUCCUCUCUUUAUAUCUCAGGAUGGAUCUGAUCAAGCUGUCAAGAGCAAGGCUUUGAGUUAUAAUCAACUAACGUAUAUGCAGCACUUGGAUUUUGAACCCGUGAUCACUGAAAGGCCCGGGGAACUCAUUGCCUACUACAAAAUUGCACGUCACUACAAAUGGGCACUGGAUCAGUUGUUUUACAAACAUAAAUUUAGCCAAGUGAUUAUACUAGAAGAUGACAUGGAAAUUGCUCCAGACUUCUUUGAUUACUUUGAGGCUGCAGCUAAUCUCAUGGAUAGGGACAAAACCAUUAUGGCUGCUUCAUCAUGGAAUGAUAAUGGGCAGAGGCAGUUUGUGCAUGAUCCCUAUGCACUUUACCGAUCAGAUUUUUUUCCUGGCCUUGGGUGGAUGCUCAAGAGAUCGACAUGGGAUGAGCUAUCACCAAAGUGGCCAAAGGCAUAUCCUUAUAAAUGCCGCCAAUUUCUUCGACCAGAAGUCUGCCGAACUUACAAUUUUGGUGAACAUGGGUCUAGUUUGGGACAGUUUUACAGUCAGUAUCUGGAACCCAUAAAGCUAAAUGAUGUGAAGGUUGACUGGAAAGCGAUGGACCUGGGAUACCUGACAGAGGGAAACUAUACCAAGUACUUUUCUAACUUAGUGAGACAAGCACGACCAAUUCAAGGUUCUAACCUUGUCUUAAAGGCUCAAAACAUAAAGGGUGAUGUUCGUAUCCGGUAUAAAGACCAGGCAGAGUUUGAGCGCGUUGCAGGGGAGUUUGGUAUAUUUGAAGAAUGGAAGGAUGGUGUGCCCCGAGCAGCAUAUAAAGGAGUAGUGGUGUUCCGAAUCCAGACUACAAAACGUGUAUUCCUCGUUGGCCCAGAUUCGCUUGGAGUUCGAAAUUCCUGA